AUGCCCGCAAACGAGACCUUAUUCCUUGAAAGUAACAGUAAAGUCGUUAAGGAGAAUAUAACUUCAUUCAUUGAUUUUCAAGUGUGGGAUUUUCCCGGUCAGAUAGAUUACUUUGACCCAGCUUUCGACUCGAAUGUAAUCUUUGGGGAAUACGGUGCGUUGAUUUUUGUGAUAGACGCACAAGAUGAUUAUAUUGAAGCCCUCCAACGUCUACACCAAACUGUGACGCGUGCAUGUCGUGUCAACCCCGAACUCACUUUCGAAGUAUUCAUUCAUAAAGUUGAUGCUUUGUCAGAUGAGUACAAAAUUGACACGCAACGCGAUAUACAACAACGAACUACUGAUGAAUUGGCGGAUGAGGGACUCGAAAACCAAAGUUAUCCAGAAACUUAUACCUCAGCUGCCGACCUUGGAAAAUUUGUUGAAUAUCUUAGUUCAGGCAUAGAAAAGGCCUUCCUAUUUGAUGUCAACUCAAAGAUAUAUAUUGCAACUGAUAGUUCACCAGUAGAUAUGCAAUCAUACGAAAUAUGUAGCGACAUGAUUGAUGUUAUUAUUGAUAUCUCGGAAAUAUAUGGUCGGACAAACACAUAUCGGUUCCUGACCAAUGAUGCUUUCUCGGAUGAUAAAGCAUCGUCGAUUAAUACGGCCCAUAAUACCGCUACCAUAACAAACGGAGAAAAUUCCUCUAAUUAUGGAACAAUAACGGAAACAGCCGAUGAGGCGUCAUCCGUGAUAAAAUUGAAUAAUGGAAUGGUGUUGUGUCUGAGGGGGGUAAACAGAUUUCUGGCUCUCGUUUGUCUACUUCGGGCGGACAACUACGAAAAACACGGGUUGAUCGAAUACAAUUUCCAUUGCUUCAAGCAAGCAAUAGCAGAUGUGUUCGAAUUGAAGCGACGUACGUUUGAACGAUAUCGACAGGAACGACUUCGAAUAACGGGAGGUGGAGGUGGUAAUCCGGGAGAAGAGAAUACAGGUGGAUGA